AUGAUCGUUGCGAGGCUUGCGGCGAGGGGAUAUGACGGCAGACACCCGUACCUCGGCCUGGCGUCAGUUCUCCGCUGCAAGGCUGCCUUCCUGUGGGAGUGGGCCCUGCUCCUGCAGCAGCAGCUCGAGGACGACUCUGCGUCUGCCCAGUCGGACGACGCCCUGGACUUUCGGAGGACGGCUCGCAACGCCGCCAUCGCGUGCGUGGGUCGCGCUUGGCGUCCGUCGCAAGCCCUGGCGCUGUUCCGCAGAGCGAAGCAUCGGGACAAGGAUGUCUACACGUUUUCGUCGGCGGCAGCUGCAGCCUCGACUGCGCGGCAGUGGCAGGACGCCGCGGCAUUGCUGCUGGAGGCCGGCGCCUCGGCUCUUCGUCUUGAUGCCGUGGCCGUCGCCGCAGCGGCGGGUGGCGGGGACCACGGCUCGAGGUGGCAGGCCACCUUGGCCCUCCUGUGGGGCGCGUGCAGGGGGUCACUGGUGCCCGACCUCGUCUUCCUCCGCACUUCCCUCUCCGCAAUCGGAAAGAGUUGGCUGUGGCAGCGGGCGCUGGGCCGACUGAGAUCGGAGCACGCGCUUGCGCAGGACGACCUGGCUUUGGAAGCCGUGCUGCGUUCCGUGCAAGCCGUGAGCGAGUGGGAGUGGUCGCUGGCUCUUCUGCCCGGGCCGCGGCUGCGGCUGGGGGCGGCCACGGUUCACGAGGUUGCGAAGGGCUGCCGCAGAGUCAACAUGCACGUGGGAGCUCUCGAGGACGCCUUCGAGGAGGGUCAUCGGCAGCAGCCUGCGCGACAGCCGAGAGCUCCGAAGGAGUGGGCCAGGAGCUCAUGCUAUGGGAGGCUUUGA